GGCUCGUGUACGUGUUUCUGCUGCUUGGCUUUGGCUGUGCUUCACGAAAUGGAUAAAUUGUAAGUCAAAUCAUGACAUUGAAAUUUACUAGAUUCAAGUCGACCUUCUUUUAUUCGAGGUCGGUGAUGCCUAGUCUAACUGUAUGAACAUUUAUGGAUCUAAAUCUAAUCACCCUCAUUCUGUUCUAUACUCGGGAAUAGUUCCUGACCCGGGGCGCCCAUGUUCGCUUUUUCUGGGCCUCGUCCCCACCGUCGCUCUGGCGUAGGCACUCCAGCUCCUAUCGUGGUGGACCGAAAGUAGUGUUCACUUCAGGGCCAGCAGGCAGCAGGCAGCACUCAGCAGGGUCACCGGCAGGCGUAAAGGUUAUUUUCUUGGCCCCUAAAUCGGAGAUAAUGAGCGAGCCUUCUUGUCCACUCAUUUCCUGACAGGAGAGAGUUGAAAUAAUGUGAAGUGGCCUCACCAGAACACAAUCUCAUCCAAUCUGCAUAGAACGAGCAAGUGUUGGUUUGCACUCAUGCUUGUCUGUAAUUUCUUGAGGCAAAGAUUCGCCCUAGGUCCAAGGUUGAUCAAGUAUCAUCUGAAGGAAUUGUCAUCUGUCCCCCUGUAUCAAAUCAGGCGAAUUAAAAAGCUGCAUUCAACGGAAUUGCUCAAAAGAAGUUCCAAGUAUCAAGAGUCAAAUACAGGAAAGAAAAUGUCAGCUGCCGAGGAGAUGUCGGUGGCACAAGGUGAAGGAAAAGCUGACAAGCGACCACAAUUUGGGAACAGAUAUCUCGAAAAUCCUGAUAAUGUUUUUCAACAUAAUGCAUGGGACAAUGUGGCUUGGGAUCCAGAGCAGCUUGAAGCAGCCAAGAAGAAAGUGGAUGAGAACUCUAGUCAGCCGGUUAACCAAGAGAAAAGAGAAUUGUAUGAAGCUGAAGCAGACAGGUACUGGAAUGAGUUCUACUCUCAACAUCAAAACAAGUUCUUCAAAGACAGGCACUGGCUCUUCACAGAGUUCCCAGAACUAUCUUCAGACUGUGUCCAAGUAUCUGGGAAAGAGACCGGUUCUGAAAGUGGUAUAUCACAAGGAACUACGGAGGCUGAGGCUGUUCCUCAAGUUAGAAAGGCUCAGAGAACGUUGGAGUCAGAUCCGCAGAACACCCUCCCCUUGAUUGCCUCAGAAGGAGAAGGAAAUGAGGAUUGUGGACAAAGUUCGGCAUCAACAAGAACUUGUUCUGGUGAAGCAAAGGCUGAUGAAUCUCUCGAUGAUAAUGUUGACUUCCCAGGAAAGUCUGCCUCUAAAAGGAUUCUCGAAGUCGGCUGUGGAGUUGGUAACACCAUCUUCCCAAUCCUGCAGACAAACGCGGACCCCAGUUUAUUUGUCUAUGGUUGCGACUUCUCUUCCGUGGCUGUUGAUAUUGUCCGCCAGCACGCAGAGUACAACUCAUCCCGGUGCCAUGCCUUCGUUUGCGACAUCAGUGAUCCUGCAUCCAAGUUUCCAUUCCCUGAUAAUAGCCUAGACCUCAUCGUCUUGAUCUUUGUGAUGUCUGCUAUCAACCCUGAGAGAUUCCUAUCAACGAUCCAAACCCUCACUAGACUCCUCAAGCCUGGUGGUCGGAUUCUCUUCAGAGACUAUGGUCGCUACGACAUGGCUCAGCUACGUUUCAAGAAAGGCAGGUGCCUGUCCGACAACUUUUAUGUGCGUGGGGACGGGACACGGGUCUACUUCUUCACACAAGAUGAACUGCAGGAAUUGUUCUCAUCGGCUGGCCUGAUAGAAGAGCAGAAUAUAAUUGAUAGAAGAUUGCAAGUGAAUAGGGGAAGACAAUUAACAAUGUAUCGUGUUUGGAUCCAGUGCAAAUACAGAAAACCAUGACACCAUUUCUUUAUUACUGAGGAUGGUACAUGUACAUGCUUACAAUAGAUACUUCACGAGUUAACCUUCCAUAAAUGGUCACCUAACUCUAAUGAUCAUUUGUGACCAGAAUAUGCAAAACAUGUCCUCUGUUUACAUCUAAGUCAGAUAUGCCCAAGUCAAACAGAUUCUGAGACCCCUAGAGAGAUUCAACUUAGGCACUUGUACUUGAUGGUUGGACACCGGGCAGUUUGGAUUUGUCAAGAAAUAAUACAGUGCGUCCCAUAAAAAAAGAAACCGAGAUUUAUCGAUGAUUUAUCAUAACUUAAUCACAAAUACAAUAGACAAAUGACCUACCAUUGUAAAGCUUAGAAUCUUCUCUUUCAUCUGAAAUUACUUAAAAUAUUUCUCAUUCACGCAUGAGUGAGCAAAAACAAUUUGAAGAGGGGAUACCAAAAAAUUAUUUGGCGGGCUGUAUCUGGGUUUCUAAAAGAAAACCAUAUUUUGAAAAAGUUCAAUAUCUGCUCUUUAAUUUGAUACCUUAAUCACAGAAAAUGGUCAAGAAAUAACAAAGUUCUGGUUAUUUUAGAUAAGGCUUGAAUUUCAAUAAUUUCAUAAAAUGAAGAGGUUCUACAGGCAUGACAGGCUAGCAUUCACACUCACUUGACACUCCGUUUUGUUGACGAUCAGCCAUGCAUUAAGUCUUUAGUUAACCAUGCGAUAGCUUCUGUGGGAAACCGGUGAAAACACGUUUACUUAAUGAAAUUAUGGAAAUACAAGCAUUGUUUUGAGGGAACAUAACUUUUUUACUUCUUGACCAUUUUUUGUGAUUAAGGUAUCAAAUAAAAGAGCAGAUAUUGAACUUUUUAGGCAUGUGAUUUUCUUUUUGAAAUUCAGAUACCCUCGCCAAAUGAGUUUUUGGUAUCCUUUCUUCAAAUUGUUUUUGCUCACUCAUGCGUGAAUGAGGAAUUAUCCAAUAUCAGAUAAAAGAGGAGAUUCUAAGCUUUACAUUGGUACAUGUAGGUCAUUUGUCUAUUGUAUUUGUGAUUAACUUAUGAUAAAUCAUCUCUUAAUCUCGGUUUUGUUUUUUCUGGGACGAACUGUACAGUACAUGACCAAGAAGAAAAGGUUGCAAAUAAUGUCAUGAAAUAAAUCAUUUUGAAAAGCCCAAUUCUUAUAUAUUUAAAGGCAAAGUCCAAUUGAAUGAAAAGUUGAAUCAAAUGAAUAAGGAAAAAGUCAAACAAGCAUAAUGGUGAAAAUUCCAUCCAAACCAGAUGAUUAUGCAAUUUAAAGUUUUGCUAAAUUUCACGUAAUACUUGGAUGCAAAUUUUGUUCAAUACUCAAAUGAGCAAACUGAUGUCGCCCACUCAAUAUUUCUAUAUUUAAGUAUUAUUUUUUCUCCUCAUUAUAAAGUGAAAAGGUUUUAAUUCCUCCCUGAAUAUCUAUAAUUCAAUAGCUAUAAUAUUGACGUUCUUUUAGCUAAUUGAGAAAUCUGCAAAAAUAUGGUCGAUUCUACAAUUCAUAUCAUAAAAUAAGAUUUGGAUGCAAAAGAGGUUAGAUCCACUUUGGACCAUUCUGAGAAAAAUCAUGUAUUUUAUUCUCCCAUAAUGCAAUAUUCUUAUGAGACACUAAGUUCUCAUGAUACCCUACCAUGUGAACAUAAAAUUGGGUAUAAAAAAAUCUACCCGUCUUCAUAUUCUUUUAAAUAUUCAUUUCGAAAAAAUGUCUUUGUGGAUCUAACACCUUUUGCAACCAAACUGAAAUGUAUCGAACACCUUUUGAAAAAAAAAAGUGAUUUUUCUUUACAAUUUUUGUUCACUUUUUAAUGGGAAAUUCAAUUUUUCCUUGGUAUCAUCUUAUAGAGCUACUAAAAGACUGUACAUUGAGACAAUAAAAUCAAAUUUGAUGAAAAAUGGAUCCAACCCCUUUUGCAAAAGAAAUAGUGUAGGUGGCAUCAUCAGCUCUCUCAUUUUAAAAUGUCAUAGCUACUUUAUUUUUUAACCAAUUUUGACCGAUAUUUAACAUUUGGGCCUUUUGGUUUACCAAUCACCUUGAUCACUAACAUAUAACUCAAUUCAUCAUGGACAUUUCUUCGUUAUAGUAACUUUUUGUAAUUAUUUCAAAAUUUCAUCUUUUUAACCCAAAUUUCAUUUUGUUAAAGGUAAAUGCCAGUUGUGGUAACGAUCUCAAAAUGACUUUUUACAGAAUCCAAUAUAAUGACCACCCAAGUGUCUGUUUGUAUGAAUAAGAAAUAUGUGCCAAAGGAUUCUGAAAGAAAUUGUGUAAUUGCUGAGAAAUAAGCAAAAUAAGCGCGGAUUCAGGCACUUCCGUCUGGUCUUUAUUCCAGCAAUUAUAAUGUACUGUCCCAUGUGUGCCUAUCUGUGUUGGCGAUCUUCAGUGUGAUCGUUUUUCAGCUUAGAUUUUAUGAUUUCACAGAGUUCAGUUUAUGUAACUACCAGAUCUACAGUAGAUCCACGAUGAUAUCAGUGUUUACUGCAACUACUAUCAUUUAGCUUUAACGAUAAUACACAUUAAUGACAGACAGUAAAUAUGAGACGACACACUCCGCAUACCAUGCAUACAUUUCUUUCUUUAUUACAUAUGUUACAACAAAAAAAGGUUUCACAUACAUAUUGGAUAUCAUCACAUUAUGUACUUGCAGAAUUCUCCACACAUUGUUUAUCUAAUAAGCUAUGAUACAAAAGUCCAUAAUGGGUAACAUCCAGCAUAAAGAAAGAUCACUAACACUUGAUCCUCUUCAUAACCACAUAUUAAUAAUCUAGAACGCUGUGUUCUGAUACGAAUACCAAACGAUACUCGUGACAUGUCUUUCAUGUCCAAUAACCUAACAAAUUCAUGUUAAUGUAAACAGACAUGGGUGUACCGUUUUCCUACGUGGAAUGAAAGCACACUAUAUUGACAAAGAUCCAUACAUCCUUAAAUCUAUUAAAAAAUAAACAUUAAAAACUACUCUUAAUCGUUUUAAAGGAGAAUUCAAGAUGAGUAUCACAAUUGUAUGCUUACUUUGCAACUAGAUGAUUACAUCCCCAUAAACUGUUAUCCAAACAGUCUUUUUGCAAAUAUUAAAGCGGGGUGGGCAAAGAAUGUUCAUAGCACAAAAAUAGAAGACUGAUAUAGCAAAUUGCAAUAAUAUAAAUUCAUGACAGUUUUGGGGUGUAUAGUUUAGUUUACAACUAUAUGUAUAAAUUCCCUGUAUUUAUGAGCUCUAUCAUGUGUAUAUAAGAAAGGAAGAAAGGGAAAAAAUGUUCAUAGCACAAUAAUAGCAGAUGGGUAUACCAAAUUGUAUUACAAAUACAAAUUCAUGAAAUAUGUGAAUUCCACUUAUUAUUUCCUGAAUCCAUUUUCUGAAAUUAAGAAAAUUACAUAUAGGAAAAUUCAUACAAAUCACAAAGGAUCUGAAGUAAACUAGCAGGACAAAAUACUGAUACGAGUUUGACAAAUAGAAUUCAUACCAUGAUGAAAAGAAAAUUACGAACUUCCUUUCUAAAUUUCACCAUUUAA